AUGCGAUCGUCCAAUAUAAAUAUUAGACGAUUGCCUUCCAUCGGCAAAAUUCUAGUCGCCGCUGCCAAUUUGUCAGUCCUCGUGAAUGGACUAACAUGGACUUCCUGUGGAACCGGCGUAGAAUGCGCAACUCUUGAAGUUCCACUCGAAUAUGGCGAUGCAAAAUCAACAGCAACCGCAAGUAUCGCGCUUGCUCGUUAUCCCGCCACUGUAGCAGCAAGCAAGAAGCUCGGGCCUCUCUUAAUCAAUCCCGGUGGACCCGGUGCCAGUGGUGUUGGAUUUGUGCAGUCUGGAGCCGGUGCCGCCGUCUCGGCACUGAGCGGUGGAUUGUACGAUGUCAUUGGAUGGGAUCCACGUGGAAGCGGUGCUUCGGCUCCUAUCUUGGAAUGCUUUCCAAAUGCCAAAGCGGAGUAUGAUUUCAACAACGCAUUUCCAUCUGCACCAAAUCUUUGGCUUGGGCAAUUUGCGAAUGCUAGCGCCGAUGCUGCAGUUAGCUCUGCCAUCACAUCUUUUGACACUUCUGUCGCCGCUCUGGCAAAAGCUUGUGUAGCUCAGAAAUCUCCCGCUCUUUACACCUCAACAGCAGCAUAUGUUGUCCGAGACAUGGCAGCCAUAGUUGAUGCAUUGGAUGGAACUUCUGCAAAACUCAACUACUGGGGUUUCUCAUAUGGAACUAUUUUCCUCGCCGAGUUUAUCCAAACUUUCCCAGGCCGCGUGGGAAGAGUUAUUGCCGAUGGUGUCUUUGACGCAAAGGCGAAUGCUCUUACAUAUGUCAGCCAACUACCAAACGAUCAAAUAAGCGUUCGUGCUUCAUUGAACGAUUUUGCAGCUUUCUGCACCACUGCCGGCAGUAAAGGAUACUCUUUUGCCACCGCUCCUACCGGAGUUACAGGUACUGUGGCUACCAGACUUGACAAUAUAAUGGAGGAUAUUUUCAUGAAUCCUAUUAGUUCCAACACUUGGAAAACACUUGCAUCGGUCUUAUCCGGUCUCGAAACCCGCGACGCAACUGCUCUUAUCUCAAUCCUUGGAUCCUUAGCAGCGAGUGCACCAACCGAUGGCUCUGCACCAGGCGUCGGAACUCUUGCUACUUAUCCACUCAAUUGUGUUGACAACGCUGCAUCAAGUGGAAUUACAUUGGACACUGUCAUUUCUCUCACAAAAAGCAUUUCCAUCUUCGAAAAUACCCCAAUCCUAAAUGCUGAUCUUAUCCCCAUCACAUUUUGCCGCAACUUCCCCUCCACACGUCCGCUUGUUCCAAACGUAGGAGCAAGUUUGAUGGCAAAAACAGAUACUCUUCUCGCAACAGCCAAGACACCAAUCCUCAUUGUCUCAGCCGAGAAUGAUCCGACAACACCUCUCAAGUCCGCAAAAGCACUCCGCAGUCUUCUCCCUACUUCAUCCACACUCGUAUACCGCGGAGGAAGCGGACAUACCACUAUUUCACAUGCAUCUCUCGGAAUGGCAAAUGCGAUCUCCAAUUUCCUUGUCAGCGGUACAAUGCCCAAGGAUGGAGCUCGAUUCGCAGUGGAUCAAAAUGUUUUCCCCACCGCUGCAGCAAGUGGCUUGGUUACACCGGCAGCUUUUAACGGAACCUAUACCACGCAAGAGCAGAGUUUCCUAACCGCAACAUACGAUAUUGGCCUUGCCUUUUUAGCACUCCCAUAA